AUGUUAAUGAAUCUUGAGGUCCUUGACAUGUCCUACAACAACUUCAAUGAAAGUGAUAUUGGAUCUGCUCUUAGUGGGCUUUCAUCCCUGAAGUCUUUAAAUUUAAGAAAUAGCCAAAUGACUCCGAGAUCAAUUCAUAUAUCUCUGGCAGGUUUAUCGGCUUUAACCAAGUUGAAGAUUCUCGAUUUAGGCUUUAAUCAAAUCAGCAAUUUUUUCAUCCAUCAAGGCUCAAAAACUAUAAGAAGAUUGGAUGUCCUUGUUUUAGAUGGUAAUAAGAUAAAUGGAAACAAGCUACGGGAGUCAUUACAAGCUUUCUCAUCUAUUAGGGUGCUGUCUUUGAGACACAACGAAUUUAAAGGAACAAUUGUUGCUAGAGAUUUUGGUGAUUUAAGUAACCUAGAACACUUGGCUUUGGACGACAGUUCUAACCUGGAAAAAGAGUUUUUCAAAAGUAUUGGGGAAUUGACUUCUUUGAAAGUUUUGUCUAUGGUGGAAUGUGAGAUAAAUGGCUCCCUUCCUGCUGCAGAUUGGUCCAAGCUUAAGCAGCUGGAAGAGUUAGAUCUAAGCUACAAUAAAUUUGAGGGUCCACUUCCCUCAUCUUUUGUUAACAUGACAUCUCUCCGGAAGUUGGAACUUUCUCAUAAUCAGUUCUCUAGAAAUUUUGAUUCCAAUAUUGCAAGCCUUUCAUAACUUGAGUAUUUUGGUUUUGAAGAAAACCAAUUUGAUGUCCCUGUUUCAUUCACACCAUUCGCCAAUCAUUCUAACCUCAAGUUCAUCUAUGGUGAAGGCAACAGAGUCAUACUCGACUCACAAGCUAGUUUGCCAACUUGGAUUCCAAAAUUUCAGUUACAAGUGCUUAGUUUGUCUUCAACAACUGAGAGUAAGUCUCUUCUGCUUCCUAGUUUUCUUCUUUACCAGUACAAUUUGACAAGUCUGGAUUUCACUAGUUGUAAGUUGGAAGGAGAGUUUCCAAAAUGGUUGUUGGAAAACAACACAAAAAUGACUAAACUCCUUAUUAGAAAUUGCUCUUUUACUGGUACUUUCCAGCUACCAUCGCGUCCCCUUCUCAACUUUUGGAGACUUGAUGUGUCUGAAAAUGUCAUAACUGGUCGGAUCCCUGGAAAAAAUAUUAGUUCAAUCUUUCCAAAUUUGCAAUCUCUGGAGAUGUCUAUGAACAAAAUCCAAGGUUUAAUUCCUGGUGAGUUGGGCCAAAUGAGCUUAUUGAAAGUAUUGGAUCUAUCAAAUAAUUAUUUGUCUGGAGAAAUACCAAUGAACAUAUCUGGGGUUAGGUCUCAGCUCGUAUUCUUGAAACUUUCAAACAAUAUGCUGGAUGGACCUGUGUUUCCCACUUUGACAACUUUGAAAUACUUGAAGUUGUUGUAUUUGGAUGGCAAUAACCUUUCUGGUAGCAUCCCGGGUAGCCUUUUUAACACUUCAUUGGCAAUCCUGAAUAUAAGCAAUAAUCAUUUAGUGGGAAAGCUUCCAAGUUUGGUAGGAAAUUAUUCAAACUUGAUGUUACUUUCAUUGUCCAACAAUCAUCUUGAAGGAUCUAUUCCAAAAGAAUUUGUGGAACUUAAAUCUCUAGCUUAUUUGGAUAUCUCACAAAAUAAUUUCACUGGUCUUAUACCAUCUUUUGCCAAUUCUUCCGUGGAAUACAUCUAUUUGAGCAACAAUAGGUUCAGUGGCUUUUCAAAGAAGAUGUUCAAAAAAGGUUCUAGUUACUAUAGUUUAAUGAUACUAGACCUUAGAUAUAAUGAAAUACCUACCAGCAUUAACUACUUGGUAGAAGAACUCAGUAAUACAAGUUUGAAAAUUCUCCUUUUGAAAGGUAAUCACUUUUCAGGGCAGAUACCAAAGCAAAUAUGCCAACUGAUGACUUUAACAAUCCUAGAUCUUUCUCAUAACAAUAUUUCUGGUCCAAUACCAAGUUGUUUGGGAAAAAUACCGUUUCAGAAUGAGGGCUCUCUCGACAUGGAAGUUGGAAUUCUUGGCUAUAAUGAUUAUAUUAACAAUCCACUUUCAGAUAUACGAGAGCAAGCAGACUUCACUACAAAGACAAUUUCCUACACUUAUACAGGGGAGAUACUUGGUUAUAUGAGUGGAAUUGACUUAUCCUACAACAAAUUGACAGGUAGUAUCCCCUCAGAGCUUGGAAACUUGACAAAAAUUCGAGCCUUGAACUUAUCGUACAACUACCUGACAGGGCAGAUCCCAGCUACAUUCUCUAGUUUGGCGCAGAUAGAGAGCUUUGAUCUUUCAUUUAACAGGUUGAGUUCCAAAAUCCCUCCUCAACUAAAUGAGUUAAAUUCCCUUGAAGUAUUCAGCGUGGCACACAACAACUUAUCUGGUGCAACACCCGAAAGGAAAGGCCAAUUUAUUACCUUUGACGAAAGUAGCUAUGAGGGCAAUCCUUUUCUUUGUGGACCUCCACUACCCAAAAGUUGCAAUGCUCUUGAAGAGCCACCUGCUACUUUACCAAAUGGCUCGUACAUUGAUGGGGACAAUGAUAGUUCAAUUGACAUGUAUGUUUUCUAUGUGAGCUUUGUUGUGUCAUACACAUCAGCAUUGUUGGCAAUUGCAGCGACUCUGUACAUCAAUCCUUACUGGAGACAAGCAUGGUUUUACUACAUAGAGUUGAUCACCACCAAUUGCUACUACUUUAUAGAGGAUAAUGUCCAAGUUUUCAAAUACUAG